AUGGAGAGUAGUAUGGUGGAGGUGGUGGGGAGCUGUAGACGUAUGGAGGUGGUGGAGACUUGUAAUCAACUUUUGGAGAAGGAGAGUAGUAUGGUGGAGGUGGUGGGGAGCUGUAGACGUAUGGUGGUGGUGGAGAUUUGUAUUCGACCUUUGGAGAAGGAGAAUAGUAUGGUGGAGGUGGUGGGGAUGGAGAGUAGUAUGGUGGAGGUGGUGGGGAGCUGUAGACGUAUGGAGGUGGUGGAGACUUGUAAUCAACUUUUGGAGAAGGAGAGUAGUAUGGUGGAGGUGGUGGGGAGCUGUAGAC